UGUUAAAUGUAGUAAUGUCGUAAAUGGUAAAGUGUGGUUAAAUGUUAUAGGGGAAACCAAUUUCGUGAGAGGGAAACAACAACGUGAAACCAACAGCGCAACGGUUUCCGAACAUUUGCAAGAGUCUAACAUGAAUCCUGUAAAUAAUAUUCUGUACUUGGCCACAUUAGGAGCGAUUCGGCUCUGGCGAAUGUUUAUGUACAUUGCGGUUUAUAUCGGACUCAGUCCAGUCAAGGCAUACAUUAUCAAAGCAUUACAUAGUACCGGAAUUAAAGUAAAUGGUGCAGCAUCACAUGAUAUUGUAGUGCACAAUGACUGGCUUUACCAUCGUCUUGCAUAUGAUGGAACGUUAGGUAUCGCCGAAGCAUAUAUGGACGGAUGGUGGGACUGCAAGAGGCUUGACGAGUUUAUUUGCAGAGCAUUCAAAGCGAGUCUCUAUAAGAAACUGCUGUUUCCCUGGGAGAAAUGUAUCAGUUACCUCACUUUUGAUGCUUUUAAUCUACAAACAGUUGCACGAUGCCAUCAAGUUGCACAGGAACAUUACAAUCUAGGAAAUGAUAUAUUCAAAUCUUUCUUGGAUGUAAACAUGAAUUACAGUUGCGGGUACUGGAAAGAUGCCAAAAAUUUGGAUGAAGCUCAACUACACAAAGUGGAACUUAUUGGUAGAAAACUUAAACUGAAGCCGAGAAUGCGCGUGUUGGACAUAGGAUGUGGUUGGGGUGGUCUAUGUAAAUUCCUUGCUGAAACGUACAAUGUGGAGGUGGUGGGAAUUACUAAUUCCAAGGAGAUGGCUGAAGAGGCUCGAUUUAAUUGUAAAGGUUAUCAGGUGGACAUUCGCUGUCAGGAUUAUCGUGAAGUUAAUGAAGUCUUUGACCGAAUUGUAUCAAUUGAAUUUUUCGAGCAUGUAGGACGGAGGAAUUAUCAAUCGUUCUUUGAACUAACACAUCGAUGUCUCACAGACGAUGGUAUUUUUCUACUACAGACGUCUGGUAACGACAAUGACAUCAGUCCGCCAAUCGAAGGCUUCAUUCACAAGUAUAUAUUUCCCAAUGGAAUUCUACCGAAUCAUAAAGACAUUCCUAAGGCCAUCGACAACUUAUUUUGCCUUGAAGACUGGCACAAUUUUGGUGCUUAUUAUGACAAGACAUUGAUGGCUUGGCAUGACAAUUUUGUCAAAAACUGGCACACCAUCAGUCAUAUGUUCGAGAACCCAGAUUCCACUUACCGCAUGUGGAUCUUUUUUUUCCUUAUGUGUGCUGGGGUGUUCCGAGCACGCUUAUUUCAAGUCUGGCAAAUUGUGUUGACGAAAAGUGCUGCAGGUGGAUACGUUUCCGUUCGCUAAUCUACUUA